GAGUGUACAAACAUCAACAUGGCUGCUGUGAAGGUGUUAAAUGUAUUUGUUGCUGUUAUUUUUGUUUAUUCUGUACAAUGUGAAUUACCAAAAGCUAAAUUUGAAUAUAAACUGAGUUUUAAAGGUCCACACCUUGUACAGAGAGAUAAAUCAGUGCCAUUUUGGACGUAUGGUGGAGAUGCAUUCCCAAGUGAUGAAGGAAUUCGUAUCACACCAUCACUACGUAGUAAAAAGGGUUGGAUAUGGACUAAGAAUUUACUAAAUGCUCAGAAUUGGCAAAUUGAAGUGACUAUUAGAGUAGCUGGUAGAGGAAGAGUUGGAGCUGAUGGCAUGGCUAUAUGGUUUACAGCACAACCAGGUAUAGAGGGACCUGUUUUUGGUAGUAAUGAUAAAUGGAAUGGUCUUGGUGUCUUCCUUGAUUCUUUUGAUAAUGAUCAACAGCAAAACAACCCGUAUGUUAUGGCGGUUGUAAAUGAUGGUACUAAAAUGUUUGAUCAUCAAAAUGAUGGAUUUAGUCAACAAGUUGGUGGAUGUUUACGAGAUUUUAGAAAUAAACCAUAUCCAAUCCGAGUAAAAGUUGAAUAUUAUCAAAAGGCAUUGACUGUUUAUUUUAAUAAUGGUAUGACACAAAACCCAAAUGAAUAUGAACUGUGUUUAAGAGCAAUAGACGUUACUUUACCAGCAAUGGGACAUUUUGGAGUGAGUGCUGCUACUGGUGGUCUUGCUGAUGAUCAUGAUGUUUUGUCGUUUUUAACCCAUUCUCUACAAGUCCCAACCCAGGGUGUCGUUGGUCAGGGUGUACCAGAUGAUGAGCGUGUUAAGUUUGAAAAAGAAUUUGAUGAUUAUUAUAAAGAAUUGGAAAAAGCUAAACAAGAUUUUCAGAAACAACAUCCAGAUAAAGUUCGACAAGAUGAAUAUGAUGAUGAUAAAUAUUUUGAGAGUCAGAAUGAAAGAGAAUUAAAAAUGAUAUUUGAUGGACAGAGUAAUAUCCAUGGUACAUUAAAAGAUUUAAAUCGUAAAUUAGAUGAAUUAAUAGGUAGACAAGAAUUGGUUUUAUCUCGAGUCAGUGCAGGUCAACCAGUACAAGUUCAAGGUGGACAACAGGGUCAAGCCCAACAACCAUUAAUGAUCGACACUAUUCAAAGACAUGAAGUGAAUCAAGUACUCAAUAAUCAGAAUGAUGUUAUUAAUCAGAUUAGAGAUAUGAGAAAAAUAAUCAAUGAUAUACAAGUAAAGGCAGCUGGUAUGCAGGGUGGUAGUGGUGGAGGGGGUGGGGGACAAGCUAUGGGUAAUCAGAUGGCUUUCCAUGAACUUAAAGAUGGUUUACAGGGUGUUAGACAAGAUAUGGCACAAAUAUUAUCUAGACCACAGGUUGGUGCUGCUGGUUGUCCUCCUCCAAUGUGUCCAAAUAUAAACUGUUUAUCUCCAGUUAUAUUCUUUAUAGCAAUAGGUGCUCAGUUAAUAUUUAUCAUAGGUUAUAUGGUGUAUAGGCAAAACAAAGAAGCUCAAGCCAAAAAAUUCUACUAGGUCAUGUUUAUUUUAAUUAUCAUCUAUUCAACAUUCUGUCAGUUUUUCUUGUGUAAAUAUUCCAUACUCAUUUAUAUUUACACUUUAACAAAACAUCAGAUCUCUGUAAUAAUGGUGUAUAUAAAGUCAGGAAAACAAGAAAUUAAUGUGUUGUGAAAUGAAGGUAAUCUGAACUUGGUUGAUGUAAACGUGUUUAAAUUAAUAUGAACAUGUGCAUUUCCUUUUCUAAAAUUACGACUGGAUAGGUUCUCUCUACAAAGUAAUCCACCAGUUUAGAUAUGAGAUAAUUACACCAUUGUUAUGAUAUCAACUAUAUUGAUCACCCAGUUAUUUAAUCAUUGGGAGCAUCGGUGGCUGAGUGAGUAAAACGCUGGCUCGCUAACCUGGAUUGAUCCCAGUGUUUGACAAGAAAGAUCCCCCAUAUUUUCCAGUCUGGUUUCCCCUUGUCAGUGGUGCAGAAAGAAGGGUCUGGCAAGGAAGAGUGUCUAGUCAUUCGGAUUGGACAAAAAAUUCAUGGCCGCUUGUACACGCUGACAUGUACAGAGAAAACUGAACACUUGAAAUUUGAAAUAAGAGGUCGUACCCCAGUUUUCUUUUUUUUUUUUACAGUAGUCAUUUAAAAAUCCAUGAAACCAUUAUUUGAGUCAUUUGAUGUUUUGGUAAAUAAGAGGACUAGUAAUUGUCACCAUGGCAAACCAUUUGUCAACUUCACCACAUGGGAAAGUGUUGAAGUAAUAUUAAUCUUAUCAUGAUAUAUUUAUUACAGUAUUUUAUAUAAAAUAUUGAUUGAAUUGAGUAUGAUAUCCACUCAAAUAAAAUAAGAUUUUUGUCGCUGUUGAGCUUUACAAUCAUAGCAACGAGAAGCAUCUUGGUGAAAAACAAGUAUGAGUAUUCUAUGGAUCAGGAAUUGAGUAUGGCAUUUUGGAAUUGUAGCGUCAUAUCCAAACUUGAAUUCCGUCAUUCAUCCAAAAAACAAGUUUCCUGUUGAUUGUACUAGAAUUGGUGGAACUUGGGACUCAGUUCCUGGUCCAAAGUUUUUCUGCAUCUACCAAAGUAAAUGUAUUUAUAAAAUUAAUUGCCAUAAAUUGCAUGUUUUAAUGAUCUAUUAUACAGGGUCAAAUUUUUUGAUAUAGAAUUUUUUUGUUGACAUGUAGAAGCAUAAAUCAUUCAGUUUUUCUGGACUUUUUUUAAUACGAAUUUGAAACCAAAUUUAUGAUUGCUUUUAGGACAUUUUAAAAAUGUUUGUUAUUUUCAAAUUACAUUACAUGCAUGUAAACCUUGUACAAUGUAUAUUUUGACAUAUUACCCUUAUUUAAUAUACAUAUAAACACACAUAUAUUGGAAUAAUAGAUUGGAUUUCUCAAGGUUAACAUUUCUUUUGCCAAAAUUGUCUUAUUAUUAGGGAGAUCUGUGUAUAUUACUGCUUUGCUUUGUGAAGGGAUGGAUUAGGAAAAUCAAAACUUGCUGUAGUUUCAGAUACUACUAUAUAGUAAUCAAAAUUAGUCAACCUCUAUAUAUAGUUUGUCCUCCCUUUUGGCAUUUGAUGACCAAUUUUGCUUAUUUCUGUAAUUUUAGCUUAAAAUAACUUAAAAUGACUUAAACUUUCACUUAUAUAUCAAUGCAGUUAUAUUUAUUGUGUCAUACAUUUGGCAGUUUUAUCAGUCAGAAUCAUUUUUUUAAAUUUUGUGGUUUAGGAUUUAUUAGAAAAAGAAUUGUAAUUUAAAUUUGUUAAACAGUCCAUAACUGUAUAUAUUUGUCUAUUGCUUUUAGAUUUGAACAAUUCCAUAGCCGAAAAUUUUUGAAGUUCAUUUUUAUAUACAAAGAAAGCAUUUUAAGAAUUAUUUAGCGUAUUGAUUCUUAUUAGAUAGUAUUGUUCAAAAUGUAUUGUUGAUAAAUACUAUAUAUGUUUAUGUGGUGAUUUACACUGUAUACAAGAGUUUAUUCUACAAAAACUUAUUUGAUCAUUCCAUUACAAAACUUUUUAAAUUAAGCUGUACUUCCAAAAAUUAUUUUUCUUUAUGACUCAACCUUUUUUUCCUGGUAAUGCUAAUCUUAAUUGUCUUCCUUUGAUGAAUAAUGUAAACUUUCUUGUGAAUAUACAAAUUGUAAUUGUGGAUGUAUUUUAAAUUCAUUAUAAAUCAUGCAUGCAUGGAAUAAUGAAAAGGUUGUUUUGAAGAAUUUUGGUGCCUUUAUUAAAAGAACUCUGUGUAAUAAUAACAUGUAAUUGGUGCCUGUUGUUUAUUAUUAUAUAUAUUAUUAGAGAUAUAUUAGAUAUAUAUACACACACUUUAUGGCAUAGAACUGUUACUCUAGAAAUUUUAUUCGGUUGUUGAAAUAGUGUAUAAAACUUAAAAGUUAUCACAAUAGUAAUUUGUACUAUAUGGGUAUUGUUAGACUUAGAUAUUUUUUAGAAUACAUAAAUAUAUAUAUAUUAUAAUUGAAUUCUGCUGUUAAUCUAUAAUGUCUUCUGUGUUAACUAAAUGGAGGUUAUUUCAUCGUGUUUCGUAAUAAUUAUCUGAAGCUUUGAUCUCAGAUUAAAAUAGUUCAGGUCUGUUUUACUUUUAGAGACUUCUAACUGCUUGCAGCCUCAUAAGUACAAUAUUUAACCAUUUUACAGUUAAAUAGAUUUAAGUGAAUUCAAACCACUCAAAAUGUGUGUUAUAAUUCUGUAGGGAUUAAAGUUUGUGAAAAUAACAUUCCAUUGUAUUUCAUUACUAGAUUUAAAACAUUAAUGUGUAACAUUGCCUGUAUAAGAAACUAUAGAUUCAAAAUAAAUUUACGGAUUCCUCCAGGUAUUAAGAAAUUGUUUAAAUGGUUUAUGUUAGAAAUAUUCCAGAAGUAUACAUGUAUAUACAUGUAGUUUGAUACACUUAAUUAGUUUGUCUCAUUAUAUGUAUUUUAUACAAGCUUCUUUAUGGAUAUAUUUGCACUUUAUGGUAAUUAUACCUCUAUUAAUUUGAUUCUCUUUGUCUCACGAGAGAAAUCUUGGACAGCUAACCACCAUCGAUAGAUUUCCAAUUUUGUUUUAUCUUUGUCUCAGUUAAAACAUUUUAUCAGUGGACGUUAUUUUCUGCAGUGUCUAUCACUCUAGUCUAAGUUUUUGUAAACCUAAAGCAUUUAUGUUUGAAUGUUCAUAUUUAUGACCAUUUGGCAUUAUAUAAUUCUACUAACACCCACCAGAUAAAAUGUUAAUUUUAUCAAAACCAUAGUAACCAAUUGGUGUGCUAGUCACUAGAAAGCAAAAUUUUGUUUUUUAUAAUAUUAAUCUGCUGUACACAUUUUUUUUGGAUCAUUUAACUCAGUUUUAGUGUUAAAACCAAUUAGAUUUUUAACUAUUGAUUGUAGGCUUUAGAAGUACAUACUGAUUAAUACUUUGUUCUGUCAAAAGAUGUUCCAAAUACUUCUGUGUAUACAUAGUUCAAAUAUGAAAGUUAAAAAUUAGAUUUUGUAGUAAGUUGCUGCUCCGCUUUAUGAUAAGUUAUAAUAAUUAGGGUGGAGUCAUAUAAUAUUAUCUUUGUGUGCUUCCUCAUCUUUCAUUCAUUGUAUUUUAUAUCACAUUGUUUUCAUAUUAUUGUUUAUCAUUGUCAUCAAAAGGUGUUGGUAUCAUUGAGAAUAAAUAUAUUGUAAGUUAA